UGAGAGUGUUAACAUUUAUUUAGUGAAUUGGAGAUGAAAUUCCCGUAGAUUAUAAAUCAAUUAGUGGAAGUGAAAAAUCAUAUGAAAGAUAUAAUUAUUAAAUAUGUGAUUUACUGUUUUCAGACGCAAGGCGCUCAAAAAAUAAAAUUAUAGCGUCCAAUCAGUUGCCUGUUGUGCGUUGUACGAUCAGCCAAUGUAAAGUAGAUGCAUCAAACUUCCUUACUUCUCGCAGUGGUGGGGUGAAACGCUAGCUCUUGUGAAAUUCCCGCCCUAAUAAGAUUUUAAAACCGUGCGGAUAAAGACGAAUUUUUUAAUGGAACCUGUUAGUUUUUUUUAAAUAAUUCGCUGCUACAUAUAAUCUUUAUAAACAUAAAUACAUAUGUACAUAUAUGUAUAUAUACAAAAAUAGUAGCAGUUGUGAAUUCAAAAAAUUGUUUGCACUUUACAUUUUGUAACACAAUAAAAAACGAAAAAGAACAAUGGUGACAAUACUCGACUUGCCUGACGAAUGCUUGAUAAACAUUUGUAAGCGAAUGGAUCACGAUAUCCAUCGUUUCCACUGGGUGAAUGUGUGCAAAAAGUUUGAGUACAUCUACUAUGAGUUUUGUCACGGAGCGGAAGUUAAUGAUUAUUUAGUUAAAAAAUUUGGUCACCAAAUCGGCACCGACGAUUUUCCCAUGCAAAUAAUCAAACGCAUUUAUUUAUCCAAAUCAGAGUGUUCUAAACGAUUUCUAAAUAAACUACGCAUCUCUCAUCCAGAGAUUGAGGAAGCAAACCUCUUUUCGUUCACUGAUGAGCAUAUGGCUGAGCUUUUGCCUUUGCCAAAUCUGAAAGUUUUAAUGUGCAUUGGCGCUUCCGAUCUAAGUGGUAGAAAUUUGAUUGACCUCUGCCGACUCACUGAGCUACACAUUUACACCGACAAACUCACAUGUUUGGAAAAUUUGAUUCACAUCACCUACAAAAAUCCACUGCGAGUGCUAGUAAUUCCCAAUGAUCAGGAAGUAUUCUCCGAAAAAUACGCGUUUGAAAUGGUCAAAAACUUAAAGUAUCUCGAAAAGCUUGUGGUCGAGUAUAAUCCCUGCAAAUCUUGGCAAUUGAUUGGCACUUUACCCCUACUAAAGAAGCUUGUGAUUUGGAAUUUUGCUAAUCAGGAAUGUGACUCAUCCGCAGAGAAACCCGAUUUAUAUAUUACGUGCGCUCCCAACCACGACAAAAUCCUAUUUGAUGAACUGCGCAAAAGAAAUCAAUUGGAGGAGCUCACUUUCCAUCAUGGUAAUCUAUCUGAAUUUCAUCUAAACCGAAUUUCUGAAUUAAAAAGCUUGCGGAUAUUGAAAUUUUGGUUCGGUUUUCCACGCAAAAUCUCACUCGAUAUAUUUAAAGAAUUGAUUAAUUUGGAGGAGUUAGUUCUUGGCGCUCAGGCAAUAAUUCCAGAAGAAUCACUCGAAUUUAUACAAAAUUGUCAAAAAUUAAGAGUCAUAAAUUUUGGGGACAAAGCUGGCAUAAAUGCGAACUUUUUUUCGAACGUAAAUGAUAUCGUAAGUAAACGGAAGUCGUCAACGGUUAAACAUUUAACGCUUGGAUUCAGCUCAAUCACGAACGAAAUGAUCAGAGGUUUGUGUAUUCGGACACCAGUUUUGCAUAUAAGAAUUACGAUCUUAAGAAGGAAAUAUGUUGCUGCAGAAGAAUCGUAUUUGAAAAGUGAAGAAGAAUGUGUGAGCCAAUCGGAUGUGCAAGGCGAUUUGUUGAAGAGGAAAUUUUCAGUCAUGAAUAUGGUAGCUGAAGAGAGGGAAGUUGACAUGGAAAUCAUAGCUAGAAUGGCAGCAAGGGCAGAGUUAGAAGAUGCAUGUGAAAAAAACGAAUAAGAACACAACAGUUGAAGGAAAAGGGCCCUGAAAUUUGAUUUAAAAGAUAAAGAGGUUAUAAAUAAUUUUAAUAUUAUGCAGUAAUCAACUAAUAGCAAAAUGCAAAAUAAACAAAAAAACAAGCAAGACAAAA